UCAGGACCUGAGUCUUCCUUGGCGUGCACCAAGGAGGCAUGUACAUACCAAGGGUUCAUCCGGUGUCCUGGGGGCCCCUAGGCUGACACUGGCUCAGCAUCAUCCAUUUGCAAGCUCCAGAGUCCUAACUGUGGCCGGGCCUUGGGACCAGGAAUUUCAAGUACAUAAAGAGAACAUGGCCAAGAGAGUUGCAAUUGUGGGCGCUGGGGUCAGUGGCCUGGCCUCCAUCCGGUGCUGUCUGGAGGAAGGGCUGGAGCCCACCUGCUUCGAAAGGAGCGACGACCUUGGGGGGCUGUGGAGAUUCACCGAAGACAUUGAGGAAGGCAGAGCCAGCCUCUACAAGUCUGUGGUUUCCAACAGCUGCAAGGAGAUGUCUUGUUACCCAGACUUUCCAUUCCCAGAAGAUUAUCCAAUCUAUGUGCCACAUUUUCAGUUCCUGGAAUAUCUCAAAACGUACGCAAACCGGUUCGACCUUCUGAAAUGCAUUCAAUUCAAGACUAAAGUCUGCAGCGUAACCAAACGUCCAGAUUUUACUGUCACCGGCCAAUGGGAGGUAGUCACUCUGCGUGAAGGGAAGCAAGAGUCAGCCGUCUUUGACGCUGUCAUGGUCUGCACUGGUUAUCUCACUAACCCAUACUUGCCAUUGGACUGCUUUCCAGGUAUAAAUAAUUUUAAAGGCCAGUACUUUCAUAGUCGACAGUAUAAACAUCCAGAUAUAUUUAAGGACAAGAGAGUUCUUGUGGUUGGAAUGGGAAAUUCUGGCACAGACAUUGCUGUGGAGGCCAGCCACCUGGCAAAGAAGGUGUUCCUCAGCACCACCGGAGGGGCAUGGGUGAUCAGCCGGGUCUUUGACUCAGGGUACCCGUGGGACAUGGUGUUCAUGACGCGAUUUCAGAACGUGUUCAGAAAUUCUCUCCCAACUCCAAUUGUGAAUUGGUUAAUAGCGAAAAAGAUGAACAGCUGGUUCAAUCAUGCAAAUUAUGGCCUAAUACCGGAAGACAGGACACAGCUAAGAGAGCCUGUGCUAAAUGAUGAGCUCCCAGGCCGCAUCAUCACUGGGAAAGUGCUCAUCAAAUCAAGCAUAAAGUUAGUGAAGGAAAACUCUGUCGUAUUUAACAACACCCCAAGGGAGGAGCCCAUUGAUAUCAUUGUCUUUGCCACUGGAUACACCUUUGCUUUCCCCUUCCUUGACGAGACCGUAGUGAAAGUUGAAGACGGCCAGGCUUCGCUGUACAAGUAUGUCUUCCCUGCACAUCUGCAGAAGCCAACCCUGGCUGUUAUCGGCCUCAUCAAACCCUUGGGCUCCAUAAUACCCACAGGAGAUACGCAAGCUCGAUGGGCCGUUCAGGUCCUGAAAGGCGUGAGUAAGUUGCCACCGUCAAGCGUCAUGAUAGAGGAAGUUAAUGUAAGAAAACAAAACAAGCCCAGUGGAUUUGGCUUGGAUUACUGCAAAGCUUUACAAUCAGAUUAUAUCACCUACAUAGAUGAACUCCUGACCUUUAUUGGUGCAAAGCCCAACCUGCUCUCUCUGCUCCUGACGGAUCCGCGCCUGGCUUUGACCAUCUUCUUUGGCCCGUGCACACCGUACCAGUUCCGCCUGACUGGCCCAGGGAAAUGGGAAGGAGCCAGAAAUGCCAUCAUGACCCAGUGGGACCGAACAUUCAAGGUCACCAAAACUCGAGUUGUACGAGAGUCCUCAUCUCCCUUUGAAAGCUUACUCAAACUCUUCAGCUUCCUGGCUUUGCUUGUGGCCAUUUUCCUGAUUUUCCUAUAAAUGAAAGAGGACCUAAAUGGCUUGUCAGAUGCAAAGAGUGGAUGGGCCGUGCUCUGGUUCCUCCAUUGCAGCAGCAUUGCCUUAAGAGCUAUAAGCCAUGUCUGAGCAGGGAAAGCAACACCCUGCCCCCACCCCAGCUGGCUCAAGGGCUACCAGUGGUUUUCCUGAGCCUCUCCCAGCUCCCACUGCUUCUGAUCCUAGAGGAUUAUAACCAAGAUUUUUGUGCAUUUGCUGGAAGAUUCAAGGGUCAUUUUAGGGGAGUGGUCCCAGACAGCAAUCUGAGCAUUUAGACCUCUUUCCUAUUUUCACAUAUCUUACCUAAAACUCCCUGCUUCUCAAAAGAUUUAGCUGUACUAAAACGGUGCUCUUAUGGUAUCAGAUGAUUAAAAGUAAAAAGAAAGAUGAAAACCUAGAAA